UCUUACAAAUCGAUCAGAGACAAAAAAAUCUUCUCCCCAAAAUGAACUCGGAUUCCGAUUCCGAUCACAGCCAAUCCGGAUCCGGAUCCGCACCGGCCCGCCGCCACUCGGACCUAUCCGACUCCAUUUUCCGAUCCUACUUAGACUUCACCGGAAAAACCUCCGCCACCAACGCCGACCUCUCCAAGAUCCAAUCCUUCCUGACGUCAUCCUCCUCCGGCGCUCUGUCAUGCUUGAUAUGCCUGGAGCGGAUCCGACCCGGCGACCCGACCUGGUCCUGCACCUCCGUCUGCUUCUCCGUCUUCCACCUCUUCUGCAUCCAGAGCUGGGCUCGCCAGGCCUCCGACUUGUCCGCGCUACGCGCCUCCACGCGCCUCCCGAUUUCGCAGAGCAAAGCGGCGGAGGUAUCACUCUGGAAUUGCCCUAAAUGUAGAGUAGAGUACACCCAGUCUCAAAUCCCAAAGAUUUACCGGUGCUUCUGUGGAAAACUCGAGAAUCCACCGAGUGAUGACCCGUGGAUUCUUCCUCAUUCGUGCGGUGAGGUCUGUAAUAGGCCUCUGAAGCACAAUUGCGGCCACCAUUGCUUGCUUCUGUGCCACCCGGGGCCCUGCCCUUCCUGCCCGAAGCUCGUGAAGGCUCGCUGCUUCUGUGGCUCUGUCCAGGACAUGAGGCGGUGUGGGUUUAAGAAUUUCUCAUGUAACAAUGCUUGUGAGAAGAAAUUAGCGUGUGGUGUUCACCGCUGCUCGGAGAUUUGCCACGAGGGGCCUUGCCCGCCGUGUCGGGUGAGGGGGAGGUAUAGGUGCCAAUGUGGGAAGAGGGAGGAGGAGAAGGAGUGUUGUGAGAGGCUUGAUUUUAGGUGUGAGGAGAAUUGUGAGAGAAUGCUGGGGUGUGGGCAGCACAAGUGUAGUAAAGGGUGUCAUUCAGGGGAGUGUGGACCGUGCCCGUUUCAGGGGAAGAGGACAUGCCCAUGUGGGAAGAGAGUGCAUGAUGGAUUGUCCUGCAAGGAUGCAGUGCCGCUGUGUGGUGCAACUUGUGAUAAGAUGUUAAGUUGUGGCUACCAUAGGUGCCCGGAGAGGUGUCAUCGCGGGCAGUGCCUUGAGACUUGCAGAACAGUUGUCACUAAGAGGUGUCGCUGCGGGGGCUUGAAGAAGGAGGUUCCUUGUCAUCAAGAUUUGGCAUGUGAAAGGAAGUGCCAGAGAUUAAGAGACUGUGGGCGGCAUCCUUGUAAACGCCGCUGCUGUGAUGGGGACUGCCCACCAUGCUCAGAGAUUUGUGGCAGAAAGCUUCGCUGUAAGAACCACAAAUGCCCAUCUCCCUGCCAUAGAGGUGCUUGUGCUCCUUGCCCAGUGAUGGUGACAAUUGCAUGUUUAUGUGGUGCCACACACUUUGAGGUUCCUUGUGGCACUGAGAUGGAUCAGAAGCCUCCUCGAUGUCGUAAGCCAUGCCCUAUUACUCCUUUAUGCAGGCAUGGACCAAAUAGCAAGCCGCAUAAAUGCCAUUAUGGAGCUUGCCACCCAUGUAAACUACUUUGUGAAGAAGAAUACCCAUGUGGCCACAAGUGCAAACUAAGGUGCCAUGGACCUAAACCUCCUCCAAAUCCAGAAUUUACAUUGAAACCGAAGAAAAAGAAGUCUUUUCAUCAGCCUGAGUGUACUCCUGGUUCUCCAUGCCCUCCAUGCCCGGAGCUUGUUUGGAGAUCAUGUGUGGGCCAGCACUUUGCAGCAGACAGAAUGAUGGUCUGUUCAGAUAAAUCACUAUUUUCCUGCGAUAACUUGUGUGGGAAUCCUCUACCUUGUGGUAACCACUUUUGCACCAAAACUUGCCACCCGCUCAAGAAUCAGUCUUUGCCAUCAGGGCAGCAAGCAAGAAGUGAGCCUUGUGAAGUGUGUUAUCUUCCUUGCGAAAAGGAGAGGGCGCCAGCAUGUAUACAUCCUUGCCCCUUGUCAUGUCAUCCUGGAGACUGCCUUCCUUGCAAAGUGCUCGUUAAGCGAUCAUGUCACUGUGGUUCCAUGGUCCAUGUUUUUGAGUGCAUAUACUAUAAUAGUUUGUCUGAAAAGGAGCAAACCGCUGUUCGCUCUUGUAAGGGGCUCUGUCAUAGAAAGUUGCCUUAUUGUACACAUCUGUGCCCAGAGACUUGUCAUCCUGGUCAGUGCUCAUCACCUGAGAAGUGCUCUAAAAAGGUUACUGUUCGUUGUGGAUGCCAGACCUUGAAAAGGGAGUGGUUAUGUCAUGAUGUGCAGGCAGCCUAUCGCAAUGCUGGUACUGAUCCCAAAGAUAUACCUAAGAAUCAAUUUGGACUUGGACUCCUCCCUUGCGACUCUAAUUGCAAAAGUAAACAAAAGGUCGUUGAUUCAGAAUUGCAUUCUCGCAGACCUAAAGUUGUGGAGGUGAAGGAACCAGAUACUGAUAAGCCUGCACCAAAGAGGAAGAAAAGGCGUGAACGAGGACAAGAAGUGGCACAAAUCUCGACACUGCAAAAAAUUUUGGCCCACAUGAAGCGAUUUCUUCUUGUGGUCAUCCUUCUGGUGGCUUUAGCUGCAGUAUCAUAUUAUGGCUACAGGGGUCUCCUCUGGCUCUCAGAUUGGAUGAAUGAAGUAGAAGAGAAAAGGCAAAGAAGACACCCCCGAAUCUGAUCGACGAGGCAAAACAAAUAAAAAAAAGAAUGAACUUGGAGAAGAACUUGCAAGAUAAGGGAAAUUUAGCCCCCUCAACUUAAAUUCCUGGUUCCGUUAGAUACUGUUACUAUUCAUUUAUACUAGACUCCAAACACACCCUAUGAGUGUGGAUAAUUAUGUGGGAAGUUAUUCCACAGAAUGUGGAGAAAAUUACUGCACA